AUGGACAAUGGUGUACUGAGGAGUUUCCAUUGUUUGUCGAACUCUGGGAGACUUUGCAAACAAUUGAAUUCCAUUGUAAAUAAUAUCAAUGCAAACUUGGGAACUUCACAGAAACACAUCAACGACGCAAGUGAAGAAAUUAUCAAACUUCUUUCAAUACUUUCACGAACUGUUAAGUUGAUAGUUGAGGAGGAAAAUUUAUCAAUUUCUCCAAAUCAAGGAAUUUUAUCUGAGGAAUACUACGCUGAACGGCUGGAAAGGAAAUCGUCGACUUGCAGCAAGAUCUCGUGCUGUGGUUGCUUAAUAGAAGAACAGGAAUCGAACAAUAAAGCAGAGAUAACUAAAGAAAACUCUGCGAGAACUCAUAUCAGUGACGUAAGAGCUGCUAAGGCAACUGUAUUAAGAAAGCCAGGUUCGGGAAUUCUYGUGUAUUUAAAAGGAGCCAGAAAACCAAGUGUAAAGCCUUAUACUUCAGUGGAAGACUCAACGAAAGACACCUCAUUCGAAYCAAAGAAAUUAAGAGUGAACGAAGAUACCUUCUCUUUGGAAAAAAGACUUCACUUUGCAAARGAGAUUUCUACUCCGAAAUUUGGAAAAGUUCAAAAGAAAGACUGUUCGCUGAAAAACCACUACACAGCGACUUCCCACGAAGAAAAUCAUUUACAAAUCAAGUGCACAGAAGAUCUUCAGUCUCAUUUAGACAACUUUUCGAGCGUUGUGCAGUCAGUGAUGGAAGGAGUUGAGACGUGUUCGCAGCUUGCAAGCUCUCUCAGCUCAAGCGCUUUCCCUGGAGAUCCUCCAACCGAGAGGUCCUUGUCUCUUGUGGCAGAAAAUGGAUCUGUAGGACCCAUAAGUGAUUUAGAUUAUUUCAAAUUACAAAAAACGACUCUCCGCGAUACUGGAGUGAAUUCGGCUGAUGAGUCGGGACUACCUCCAGUAAAGAUAUUUGACUUCGCUUCAGAAGAGGAUAGCGGGGAGGUGUUCACGAUCAAACCCAAAGAGGAACACCGACAAAGUAUUGAUGUGGAAGCAGAGUUUGCAAAAAAUGAACAAGAAAAUAUGCAGCAAAAUGAUUCUACCAGAAUUGUUAGUUUUGAGGAGGGAAACCACGAGGAUGCAAACACCGAAAAGAAGACGAGAAAGAAUUCAAAAGAGUCGAAAAAGAAAGCCCAAAUCACAAGAAGCAAGUCGGAGAAUUCCGUUAAAGGGGUGAAACGGUUUAAACUAAGUCGAAUCUUUAAUAGGAAAAGUAAGUCGGUCAAAGACAAGAAGGAAGAAGUGAUUCCAUCAGAUGUGCCUGCGUGGGACGACUAUGGCUUGGCUCAACCGGGAUGUUCUAAACGAGAAGGGUCGUUUACCAACAGAAGUAUUGACACUUUAAAGAGUAUUGGUUCAAAAGAUGGUUUCAUAAUUGAAUCAGACUCGAACGAGAGGAACAUAAAUGGUUGGUCCUCAUCAGAAGCACUUGAUAAUGAGCUCGAACAAGCUUCGCAAAGCACUGAGCCUUCUGAUGAAAAGGACAAAAUUAUAAAACAACUGGAAGAUGAUAAAGCAGCACUAAAUGUCGAAAAAAUGGACUUGAUGAGCGCUCUUAGCAACAUCUGGAUCGAAAUGGAGGAUUUAAAGAAUCAAUAUGAAGAAGAAAAGGAGAAGUCUGGCAGGCGUAAUUCGUUUGGAGGAUUGCCUUUGAACAAGUCAUCUAUGAAUGAACCUGAAAUAAAGAGGAGCAAUAACAACAACAACGGGGCGUCUUCCGAUCUUUCAAAACAAGAACAAAACAAUCUUCAAAGCAUGAAUACUCAGAUCAAAGAACUUAACAAUAUAAAUGAGGGCCUUCGAUUUGAACAAGAUAUGCAAAACCAAACUAUUAAGUCUUUGCAAAACAAGUUGACAACCCUCACAGAAAAUCAGGAAGCUUCAUCACGUACAAUCAAGGAUCUACUUGAAGAAAACAAARCCCUCAAGGAUGGAACUCACAGUUUCAUCAACAACAAAGAAGUACCUAAAGUCUCCAAAUUGAAAGAGGAGAAUUUUUCAUUGAAAACGCGUUUGGAUAACAUUCAAACUGCUAGACUUCUUGCUGAAAAAAGUCAACAGAAAGCGCAGAUUGAAAAUAAAAAACUGAAAAACUGGAAGAUCAAAAUGGACGAAAGGUGCGCUGCUUUAUUACAAAAGAUUGAAAAAGAAUUACAAACAGCAGAAGAUGUUACACCUGCUGACAUUGAAAUAAUUAAAAACGAAAAUACUCUAAGUUUACCAAGUGAGAGAUUUGGGCAAAGAAGGAUGUCUGACAUUAUCAUCCCCGAGUUCGACUCCCUUUCUGAUACAGAUUCAUAUCAAAGUGAAAGUUCAGUCAAGCAAAUGGUGAAGAGCAUCGAGCGCAGUCGAAGCACAGAUUCAGAACUGAACACACUCGGCCGACGMGAAGGAGAAAGRACAUUGUGGGCGAAUGGAAUACGACGCUCUGUGACUAUUGGCUCCCYGAGCGGCAAUACAUCACUGUUGAGUGAAGACAGAGAAAUKUUCGACACAAAAGUAAGUAGGUUUCCGCCCACCCAAAUCUCAAGUACAGGAAAAGCGCUAAAAGAAGCUGCCAAGAACGAUUAUGGCAGACUACGCCCAACUAAGAAGAAAAAUCCAGAUUUAGAGGAAAUAACGGCUUUUUCUAACUUAGAGAUUAGCUGCUCUAAGUUAUUGGAUAAGUACAAAGAGCUGAAAAUAAAGGUUGAAAAUGCUAAAAAGUCAACGAAGGAAAACGAAUUGUCGAAGACUGCAAAAGAGAAUCCAUCACUACAUCCCUCAAGUGAGAGCAAUGCAAGAAAGMAAUCAGAAUCUGUGCUUUAUUUAUGCUUAAGGAAUUUACAGAAAGAAAACGACACUCUUAAGCUUGAUAAUCUUAAACUGAAAGCAAAGAUGGAUGACACACACGACAUGGACCAUCUAGAAAGCGUGACGUCACAACGACCAAAUCGAAAAGUGUUAACAAAGCAAAAUGCUGAGAAAGACUGGAGCCUAGAGGAGCCGCGCGUUGAGCCCGUCARGAAMGAUUUCAGAGUUUUUGAUAGCUUCAUAGAUGAAAGAYUGUCCAAAGCAGACGGACUUGGUGAAGACCCAGAGGGAAGGAACCUUAUUGAUGAGAUUGACGGAAUAAGACGGGAAAGACAUGAAAAACAAGAGAUGGACGUAAGCUCGUGGCAUAGAAAGCGCUCAGAGAAAAAGUCCAGAGAAAAGUCUAAAGCGUUUAGAAAAAAAGAAUUGGAUUUGUUAGAAAAUAAUACUGACUUGGCAGAACUGUCUACCGGUGAGAAUGACUCCUCAAUACCAAAUCAUGAAUCAACCGAGCCGACUCUUUCCCGGACAAGAGCCUUGAGUCUCGAUCAAGGUUUGAUUGCAGCAGAGCAGUCACUAAUACUGAAAAAGGCUCCUGAAGAGUACCUCAGCAUGAAAACAGACAGUAAUAACAACACUAGCCAAAUGGAUGCACUUGAUCAUGAUAAGACUCCGACCUUACAAUACAACGAUUCACAGAAAGCCUCAAACGGUGAAGACCAUCUCAGCAGCUCAAUCGUACCGCGUUUAAAAGAGUUGAAAGAUAAAAGAGAUGAAAUGGAGAAAAACUCUUCGGUAAAACGUAGUUACAGCGAAAAUAAAGCUGUACGAAAAGCGUUGUCAACGUGUAGAAGUCGUGAAAGGCUUUUUACCGUUUAUUAUGUAUGA